GUGUCUGAGCGGUGUGUUUCCCGCAGAUGUCCGAAGACCUGGCCAAGCAGCUGGCCAGCUACAAGGCGCAGCUCCAGCAGGUCGAGGCGGCCUUGUCUGGGAAUGCCGACAACGAGGACUUGCUGAAGUUAAAGAAGGACUUACAGGAAGUCAUAGAACUGACCAAAGAUCUCCUUUCUACGCAACCUUCAGAAGCUCUUGCAAGUUCCGACAGUUCUGCUUCUGCUCUCCCCAGUCACUCCUGGAAGGUUGGGGAUAGGUGUAUGGCAAUAUGGAGUGAAGAUGGACAGUGUUAUGAAGCUGAGAUUGAAGAAAUAGAUGAGGAGAAUGGAACAGCUGCAGUCACUUUUGCUGGAUAUGGGAAUGCUGAAGUUACACCGCUGUUCAACCUCAAGCCUGUGGAAGAGGGAAGAAAAGCAAAAGAGGACAGUGGCAACAAACCCAUGUCCAAAAAAGAGAUGAUAGCUCAGCAACGGGAGUAUAAAAAGAAAAAAGCUUUGAAAAAAGCUCAGAGAAUUAAAGAACUUGAACAGGAACGAGAGGACCAGAAAGUCAAAUGGCAACAGUUCAACAACAGAGCAUAUUCUAAAACAAAAAGGCCAGUGCAGCAUUUGUUGGAGUUAAGAUCCCGAGGCCUAUCUAAACCAACAAAGUCCUCUUAUGUUUAUGGUGCAGCACACAUGGCAGUAAAGCGGAGUAUUUUUGCUUCCCCAGAGAGUGUAACUGGCAAAGUGGGAGUUGGAACAUGUGGAAUUGCAGACAAACCUAUGACACAGUAUCAAGAUACCUCUAAAUAUAACGUCAGGCAUUUGAUGCCUCAGUAGCAGGGGAAAAAGGUCGAACUUCAUCUCUGCAGGGCUUUUCACUUAUCUUUUUAUCAUUAUAUUUUUCUAAAAGUAAAUUAUUUGUUGGCACAUAGCAAGUAGUCCAUUUUGUCACCAUCACUUUGGCUUCAGCUGAUAUGAGCCUUAAAUUUCCAACUAUUGAUUUGACUCUCCUCAUCAUUUUUUUUGGUAGUUGCAUUAAAAUACGUUCUGUGGGUGAAUGCUUUCAUGAACUGCUGCUACCUCUUAUGCUAAAGCAGUAGUUAUCUGGAAGUUUGAUCUCCAGAAUCUUCCAUUUGUAUGGAUGCUAAAGUUUUCUUUUUUUUUUUUUCCCCUCAAGAAAAGUGGUAGUAUAAAAAUGGCACCUAUAAAGCCUCCCUCAUUUCUGUAGUCACAGUGCUGUCUGCUGGUCUCAGAGACAAGCUCAGUGUUACAGAGCUGCUGCAGCACUGGGAGAAAGAUUACAUCAUAGCAUGUAAGUCACGUGGAAUUACAAAGGAGGUUCUAAAUUACUCCCUUACAAAUCCACUGCAGAUAGUUUUGUACAGCUGUGAAUGAGGGCAGGACAGGGCUGUUGUGAUUUUUAUUACUAAGUCUGAUUCAUGUGCUAGAAACAAUAAAUCUGACUUUAAUUCCAGUCUAAAUUUCCUGUGCUAAAAGUUAAGUAAAGGAAAUCUUUUUCUUUAAUAGUCAUCAAUUUUAACAGGAAGUUACUGAAACGUAACCAGCACAACAUAGGAAGAGACUUCAGUUUCAAAGAACAGAACUGUACUUAAAGCAGUGCCCCCUUGCCCCAGGGACUAGAGGUGGGAGAACUCUGGAUGGUUAUGCUUUGGAAAUGUCAUCACCUCCCCUCUUGCAGUUUUCAAGCUUAGAGUUUUGAUGGCAUGGUCACAGACCUUGAGCAGACAGUAACACCUUGUGUCUGGGCUGCCUCCGUCUCGUAAAGUAGUACUAAAGCAUAGCAGGUAUGAAUGCCUAGAUCCCACUUAGUUGUGAGUGAGUGAAGGUUAGUCUCAAGUUUCUGUCCGUAAAUAACUGACUGGCCCUAGUGUUCAUUGUAACUUCAGCUGUAUUACAGUGCUGCUGAGCCCCUUCAGUUCUAUUCAGGAAGCCACGUGUAAAAGCUCUUGCUUUUUUGUAUUUCAUGUGAUUUGCCUUUCUUCUGUUAUUUGUCUCCCACUUAUGGUAGUGGUGCCAUCUCUGAAUCCGUAAUGUGUUCAAAGAACUUAAUGGGUAGCCCUGUAUACAAUGUAGAUAUUAUUUUUGUAAAAUCUAGGGCUGAGUUAAUGGACAAGAGUACAUCAGCUGUUUCUCCCAUUAAAUGAUUAAAGGGUGCAUCUUGUUCAUUAACCCUGACCGUUAUUUCCCUGUAUAUUAUGUUAAUGUAGCUCAUUUUGUAAUUUGUUACCUAGAUCAGGUCACGUCAGCAAUUGUUGAUGCACUGAUUGGUGGAGAUAUCCAUCAGUUACCUGAGUCACAACUCAAGCUAAACUCUACAACUGGUAGUUUAGAAUCCAUGCAUAGAAAGAAGUUUUCCCUAUAAUGGGAGAAGGUGAUUUUUAUGAAUACAAAGUGUGUUAAUUUCAGUUUUGUAUGUUUAACUUUUAUUAAAUAAAGUGUUUAAAAUCUGCUGGA